AUGAAGAUCAUGAAGAUGAUAGUUCUUCUUCAUCAAAGAUCUCUUCUUUUCUUACUUCCCAUCUUCUUCGUAGCCUCUUUCACAAUUCCAUCUUCUUCAAUCUCCCUUCCCCAUCAACACCCACACCCUGAAUCCAUCGUUCAAGAACUUCACAGGAGGGUAAAUGAGUCAUUUUCUAGAAGACAAACUCUUGAAACUAACUGUCUUACGGGUAAUCCAAUUGACGAUUGUUGGCGAUGCGAUCUAAACUGGUUCCGAAACCGUCAAAAGUUAUCCGAAUGCGGGAUUGGAUUCGGGCAAUCCGCCAUUGGUGGAAAAAACGGGAAAUUCUAUGUUGUUUCAGAUUCAUCCGACAACGAUCCUAAGAACCCUACUCCGGGUACAAUCAGACACGCCGUAGUACAAACGGAGCCUUUAUGGAUUAUAUUCUCAUCUAACAUGCAUAUAAAACUUAAAAAAGAACUCGUGUUCAAUAGCUACAAGACAGUUGAUGGACGCGGUGCAGAGGUUUUGAUAACCGGGGCAGGAUGUUUGAUGUUGCAGGGCGUGAAUAACAUCAUCAUACAUGGGAUUGAGAUACGCGAUUGUGUUCAGUCUGGAAAUGCCAUGAUUAGUGUCGGUCCCUCGCAUGCCGAGCAUAAGAGUAAGUGUGAUGGAGACGGAAUUCAUGUACAUUCGUCGAGUAAUAUAUGGAUCGAUCAUUGCACUUUAUCGAAUUGUGUUGAUGGUUUGAUUGAUGUGACUGAGGGAUCAACUGCAGUAACUAUUUCGAACAAUUAUUUCUCCAAUCAUGAUAAGGUUAUGCUUCUCGGACACAACGACGACUACUCGCCCGAUUCCGGGAUGCAAGUGACAGUUGCAUUCAACCACUUCGGGCCGAAGUUAGUUCAAAGGAUGCCACGAUGUCGACUAGGCUAUUUUCAUGUCGUGAAUAACGAUUACACUGAAUGGGAGUUGUACGCAGUCGGUGGUAGCGGUAAUCCGACUAUAAAUAGUCAGGGUAACCGCUAUGCCGCCAACAAUAACAAAGAGGUAACAAAGCGACUAGACACAAGUGAGAAAGAAUGGAAAAACUGGAACUGGAGAUCGGAAGGGGACAUUAUGGUGAACGGGGCAUUCUUUGUGGCUUCGGGGUCAGGUCUCAGCACAGAGUACGCUAAGGCCUAUAGUCUAAACCCUAAUUCGGCAAGUCUCAUUGAGGCUCUAACGGCUAAUGUGGGUGCCACCGCCUUAAAUAUUCCUAAGGACUCAACAAAUGAAGUACAACCAUUGAAUCCGGGAAGCUCCGGAGACAACAACAAUGACAUCUACCCCUUCGACAUUCCAUUUACAAGUGUGGCGGUGGCAGUUGUCGUGUCAUUAGAACUAGGCAUCUUUUUAACAUGUCUUCAAAUUGUUUUUAUUUUUUAGA